AUGACUCUUGCCGGCCGGGAUACUACAUGUUGUUCAUGUGGUAUGCUGGUUGCUCUUUCUGAUGUGAGCCGCUUGUUGCCUGGAGAUUCCUUGUUGCACCCGUUAGAAGGAUUUCUCGAUAGCUGCGGCAGCAACGACGGCUUCUGGAAUCUCUGCUCCGUGUGCCAUGCCGCCUUACUACGAGGCUCAAUCCCGAAAUUCUCUGCCAAGAACAGUGUCAAUGUGACUCUGUGCCAGCACUACCCUGACGCUCUCAAGAAUCUCACUCUGCCUGAGGAAUAUCUUAUCGCCAGGUCCCACCCGGUUGGGGUAGUCGUGAAGUUACGGCCAGGGGGACAGGCAUCGCCAGCAAACUACCGUGCAUUACGCGGCCAUUUCAUCGUUAUACCACAAGACCCUAAACCUCUCCUUCGAAUAUUGCCAGAUCCUAAUCUAGAGUUCACUGACUUUAUCAAGGUCUUCUGGCUAGGAAAGAAUACCCCAACUGCCGCUGAUCUGCAGCCUUUCUUCACUGUUCGUAAGCACAAGGUGCUAACUGCCCUUCGCUAUCUCGUGCAGCAUAAUCCUUUAUACGGCGAUAUCGCUGUUGAACAUUCGGCAAUGGAUGAAUGGCCCGAUGAGUUCGUGCCUUCAGAGAUACAGCAGCAGGUUAUAUGCUUAAGCAGCACGGAUCACCACGAACGGGCGGGUUAUAGUGUUAAUUUGCACGACGAGAACUAUGAAAAUGACUGGCAAGCUGCAGAGGACUGCCAUGAUGAUCCUACUGAUGAUACUCCUCUAGUCAGUACUUCUGUAACCACUGACUUAAAUGGAGAUCGACAAGACCCCGACCUACGUCUACUAAAUACUAUCUCUUCACUCGUUAUCGAUCCGCCGCUCGCAACACAAUCUCGAUUUACUGACACUGGCCCCGCCAUCCAUCCCACUCGAGCUGCUGGCGGUCCGCAACGAGCCCCUGUGAUCGGAUAUAGUGUGCGCGGCCAGAUAUCACUUCUGAAUCACUGGCAGGACCCACAUUAUCUAACAUCUGCUUUCCCUACGCUUUUUCCGGCGGGUAUUGGCGGUCACCUGGACCAUCGUGCUAUGGCUGUAUCUCUUGCUGCUUUCGCAAAUUGGGCUCUUCGCCACCAUAGCCGGAGGUUUGCCCGCCACAGGACGUUCAUGUACUUGUUGUAUGAUAUCAUACAGCUACGAAAUUCUUGUCUUGGCAAUUCACUUCUUAUAAAACGAUCCCAGUGGACGUCUGUUACCAGGGAUCUCAAUUCCCUCAAUAUUGAUCGCCUGCAAAGGGCAGCUACUGCCCUUGCUACUAAUCGAGUCACCACGGAUCCGCUUGUUCGCCGACUACUCAAAAACAUCACUGCCAUUGGCGUCCAUGUUCCUGGGUCUUUUUUCCAUAAAUUACAAAUGCGGGCAGAGCUUCGCGGUCUUCUCGUUCGAGAAGGUAUGCCAGCAUUCUGGCUAACAAUCAAUCCAUCCGACCUUCACAACCCUCUCGUUCUUAUCCUUGCUGGCGUGCAGUGUUCCUCCAGCCUCUCUUCCAGUGUCGCAUCCGCCGUCCGAUCCGUAACGGCGACUUCCGACCCUGUUUCUGUGGCAAGAUUCUUCCACUACACAUGCAAAGCAGUCCUUGACGGUCUUCUCGGUAGUAAGACUACCGACAUUGGCAUUCUUGGCGACAUCUCUAAUUAUUUCGGUGUAGUAGAGAGUAACGGCAGAGGCAUUUUACAUCUUCACACGCUAAUCUGGGUUCGAGGCAACCUUGGUUUCAUCCGGCUACGUGACCGUAUACUCGCAGAUACUGAUUUUGCGAACCGAAUGAUCAGCUACUUGGAAAGUGUCGUGAUACAAAGCUUAUACGGACCUGACGAGGACCCUGCAUCAACAGUCCCAAACUCGCCUCCUACAUCAACUGCCGCCGAGUCGGACGCGGAAUUCAUGGAGAGACUUUUCUGCGAUAGUAACUCUGUUGCUCGUACCAAACAGCUUCACUCCAAGCGGCACACGGCUACUUGCUUCAAAUAUCGCACGCAAAGGUCGAACGGAAAUGUUUGCCGCUUUGGCAUGCCUCGCGAACUUCUCGAGAGAUCCAAAGUAGACGACCAUGGUAUCAUUCACGUUGCCCGUAACCAUGCUUGGGUUAAUCCAUGGAACCCUUACAUCGCCAGCUGCAUUCGCUCGAACCACGAUAUCUCCUGGAUUCCGACCGUGUCGAAGUCUUUGUCACUACUAUAUUACAUCACUAAUUACGCCACCAAGGAUGAUAUUUCGCCGUGUCAAAUGGUGACGAAGGCUGCUUUGUUAAAACAGAUGAUUGAACGUGCCGCCGCUGCUCCUGCUCCUACUUCGGCAGAUUCGAGACUUCGCCAAAGGGGUCUGAAUAAUUUUGCUCUUCGCUGUUUCAAUAGCUUAUCGCAAGAUCGGGAAGUAAGCGGCGUCCAGGUGGCAAGCGCACUUCUCCAACUACCCUUCUACUACACACUCAACUACAAUUUCACUCGCAUCAAUCUGUGGUGGCUCAGACGAUAUGUUCGUUCGUUCAUUCCACCAGGGCGGUCUUCGCGGGAUCCAUCGCCAUCCGACACGAUUGAAGAAGAGCCUUGCAACUAUGACCAAUCCACAACUGCACCGGCAAAUACGUUCGAUAAUUAUAAGUUGCGUGGUGGUUCCUUAUCCUGCCUGUCCCUCUUCGAAUACGGCAUGUUAGUACGCACUAAGAGACGCCAGGAUGCGAUAACAGAGGACGUGCUUUUCGAUGAGACACAUCCAAGACACCGUACACAUGUACAGAGGCUAGCUCAGUCUCCUUCACAAACGGCCACAGUAACGUUACAAGGCGAGCUGACGGAAUUUCAGUCCUCAGAGGAUUCCAUCCCAGAUGGGAAUCCUACAACCACAGCGAUUCAGAACGAUCUAGCCGAGAUCCUUCUCGGACUUUUCAUUCCUUGGCAAAAUCUACCCUCACUUUUUCAACAAACACAUCCUACCUCCGCUGUGACACACGAUAUUCUUCAUCAUGUUUGGAAAUGCGUUGAACCAACACUUCCGCCACAUAUUCGUACAUUUGCCGAAAACGUCGAGCUCUUGCGUAAGUCAAAAAGCGACUGCCAGGCUGAUGCUAUAUUGCGCACUCGGUCUAAUGAGCGCGCCUCCCCAAUCGCCCAAGAGCUGGGCAAUCCUCUUUACUCUAUGUCUGACCCAGAGAGUGAGGAUUCGCUUCCGUCGCAAAAUCUUGAUGGCUCACUGACUAAAGAAACCCUUCUGGCUGCAUUUCUGGCGAUAAGUCGACGCUGGGUGAAGGAGGCCCACGAUGCUCAACGUCAAAUCCCUACUCUCGCCUCAUUUUUACUCCCUCCUCUAACCCUCCGGCUACAGAAUCUCCGGGCCGUUUCUGAUAGCUCACUAUGUCAGUCCACUGGUCUUACUUUCGUUCCGACGUCUACCCUGCAGGACUGGAAGGAUCACAUUAAGAACAUCACGGGUCUCACAAACCAAACUCCCAACACCGAGCCGUCGUCGACCGCUAUGCCAGACCUUGAUGACUUCAAUAUCGACCUCACAGACAAUGUCUUAUUACCUGUGCUCACUGAAUUAGAUGUAUUCCCUGAUUUGCCGCAUCUUCGUUCGCGGAUAGGCCAGAAUCCCACAGGAGCUUCAAUCACUUCUCUCGUACGCGAGCUUAUUCCACUGAACCAGAAACAACGCGUCGUCGUCGAAAAGGUCCUAUCCGAAACCCUCCGCUGCACUGAGCAUCCGUAUGAUCCAUCUCAGCGAAAACAGAUGCUCCUCUACGUGGGAGGUGAAGGCGGUGUGGGCAAAAGCCAGAUAAUUAAAGCAACUACCGCUGCUAUGGACUUGCUUCACCGCAAGAACGAGAUCAUCCUGAUGGCCCCAACAGGAGCUGCCGCUGAUGUUAUUGGAGGAAGCACCUACCAUACAUCUCUUGGCAUUUCUCUGAACCGGUAUCGACGGGCUAGUGUGGGACAAAGGGUUCGCAGGCUAUGGACACAAAAAACAAUUAUGUUCAUAGACGAGGUGAGCAUGGUGGAUCUCUCCGCGCUUAGCAUCAUCAACACCCACUGUAAGAUCGCGCGAUCUCUUGAGAGGUCGUCACCGGACCUCUUUGGUGGGUUACCUGUGGUCAUCCUGAUGGGGGAUUUCUACCAAUUCCCUCCUGUCCAGGGCCAGCCCCUAUGGAAACCUCCGAGAAAUGAGACCGAGCAGGAUGGGAAGCUUAUCUGGAACCAGUUUGAACAUGUCAUCAUCCUCAACGAGCAGAUGCGCCAGGCGGAAGACUUACCUUAUCGGCACAUACUUACUCGCGCUAGGACUGCCACACUUACUCACGAUGAUAUUUCGGUGUUGAACUCAAAGGCGAUAACUUCACUUGACGAUCCGCGUCUACAUGCCACGACGGCAGUCGUUAAACUGAACGCGCUCCGGCAUAUCAUAAAUCGUUUCCAGAUCGAGCGCUUUGCUAGAUCAAGACGUCAGAGAAUCAUAAUAUUCCCCGCGCUCCACACUCGCACAAGGUCCACUGCGCCGACCGAUCUAACGCUUCAUGCUGACGACCUACUUGGGCUUCCCGAGCAGGGAGCAAAGAUCCCUUUUCCAGGACUUAUUCUCUAUACACAUUCAAUGCCCACAAUGCUUUUGACAAACAUAUGCACGCCCGCUGGAUUGGUUAAUGGUGCGACUGGAGAGGCUGUGGGCGUUGUUGCUGACCCGGAAGCGAACUUUCACGACCUUGAUGAAUUGUACAUCUUCUGCACAAAGCCCCCAGCGUGCCUCCUGUUCAAACCGAACCGAUCGAAAUCGAUUUCUCUGCAUUCUUUAAGUGAAAAUGUCUUACCUAUCUUUCCACUCGAAGCGUCUAUAACCGUCAAAGGGUUCUCAGUGCGCCGGAGGCAGGUCCCUAUUUGCCCGGCCUUUUGUCUCACCGACUAUAAAAUUCAGGGUACGACCCUUGAGUCCGCCAUUCUGGAUCUCAAGAAUGAUCGCAAAAUUCGAGGUCAAGACGCCCACCGGAGAUUCUGCUCUACUUACGUGCAGCUAUCCCGCCUUCGUUCACUGGCUGGGCUUCAUCUCUUACAACCAAUUGAAAUGAAUGACAUACAACACACCCCCGAUCCUCAGUUGCUCGGUGAGAUGCAAAGGCUGCGGGCACUGGAGCUGAACACUCUUGCUGCAUGGCAAUCUGAGACCUCGACAUACCUCACCUAA